AGAAAGAGAGAGAGAGAGAGAGAACGAACAAUGGCUUGCUCAGCUGCUACUUCGGUGGCUGCUUUCGCAUCUUCGAAUCCAAAAGCUCGCGUUGCUUCCAAAACAUCAGUGUCUACUCAAUCGAUUUCCCUUUCCUCCUCCUUCUCCGGCAAACCCUUUGUGUCUCGUGUUGCCCGCUCCCUCUCCUCCCGCUCCAAAACACGCAGCUGUUUUGUCGUCCGUGCCGUAAGUAUACUUCCGCUGGUUGGAAACGUAGCUCCAAAUUUCGAGGCCGAAGCUGUUUUCGAUCAGGAAUUUAUUAAGGUUAAACUGUCCGAGUACAUAGGAAAGAAAUAUGUCAUUCUCUUCUUCUACCCACUGGACUUCACCUUUGUUUGCCCCACCGAGAUCACUGCUUUCAGUGACCGAUAUUCAGAAUUUGAGAAGUUGAACACAGAAGUCUUGGGUGUAUCUGUAGACAGUGUGUUUUCCCACCUUGCAUGGAUCCAAACGGAGCGGAAAUCUGGUGGUUUGGGUGAUUUGAACUAUCCGUUAGUUUCUGAUGUGACUAAAUCAAUCUCGAAAUCGUACAAUGUGCUGAUUCACGAUCAGGGGAUUGCGUUAAGAGGGCUAUUUAUCAUUGACAAGGAGGGAGUUAUCCAACACUCCACCAUCAACAAUCUUGGAAUCGGGCGUAGUGUUGAUGAAACACUGAGAACUCUCCAGGCUUUGCAAUACGUGCAAGAUAACCCCGAUGAAGUAUGCCCAGCUGGAUGGAAGCCCGGGGACAAAUCGAUGAAACCAGACCCUAAGCUUAGCAAGGACUACUUUGCAGCAAUUUAAGCUUAGUGAUUUCUGUACCAAGAAAUACAAUGUUGUCAUUUUUUUUUCGAUUUGAAAGUUUUGUUAUUGAGUUUUGACUAUUGUUUGGGAAUGAUAAUAAUAAUAAUAAUUGUAUGUCCAAAUUGAAUGCUGCAAUAAACUUCCCUGAUUUGGCUGCUCUCUU